AUUCGAUUUUCUCAUCGAGCCCCCUCUCGCUCUCUGUCGAGCCUAGGGUUUCGUCUCGUCUCGUCUCGUCUCGGAGGGGAGGAGAAGGAAGAAGCAGAAAUCAUCAAAGGCGAAGAUCAGGGUUCCCGGGAGACCGGAUCGAUGGCGAUGCAUGCGGGAAUUGGGCUCUCCAAAGUCCUGCUUCUUGUCGGAGCAGGGUUUACUGGCUCGAUCAUGCUGCGGAAUGGCCGGCUGUCUGAUAUCUUGUCUGAGCUUCAGGACAUGCUUAAGGGAUUGGAAAAGUCUGCAGAAAAGGCAGGCACUAAUUCUGAAUUAAGCGAUGCCCUUUCUACGCAGGUCCGUCGGUUGUCCAUGGAGGUUCGACAACUUGCCUCUGCACGUCCAGUUACUGUUAUCAGUGGAAAUUCAGGCCAAGCAGGGAACAUGACAUCACUUAUAGUGCCAGCGGCAACCUUGGGUGCAUUAGGCUAUGGGUACAUGUGGUGGAAAGGCGUCUCCUUGUCUGACCUUAUGUAUGUUACGAAGCGUAACAUGGCUAAUGCUGUAUCAAACCUGACAAAGCAUUUGGAGCAAGUCUCUGAUGCUCUUGCUAAAACUAAGAGGCAUCUGACCCAGCGAAUUGAGGGCUUGGAUGGAAAACUGGAUGAGCAAAAAGAGAUAUCUGGUCAAAUAAAACAGGAGGUUACUGAUGCUUGUGGCAGACUUGAGAAUAUUGGUUUUGAGUUAGACAACCUCCAACGAUUGGUUUGGGGUCUGGAUGAGAAGAUGAAUGCAAUUGAGGACAAGCAGAAUUUUGCUUGUGCUGGUGUUAUGUACCUUGUGCGAUAUGCUGAGGGGAAGGGUGGAAAGAUGCCUGAUUCUCUGCAGGAUGGCCUUAAGGGUGCAAACAGGCGUGGUUUCAAUGCAGGAAGUUUGAAGGGUCUGCAACAUAUAACAGCAGCGAUAGAAUCUGGAAAUUUUGACAAGAGCAAGACUGAAUCAAUCUUGCAGAAUGAGAUUGAUUCUUUGGACAACAAGAAGGGCUUGUCCAGGACCACUUCCAUCAAGUGCUGAUGUAAAUGUUGUUCAUAAAGAAACAGGACAGCUGGACUUCAAUAUAUUAUUCAUAUGGAUUUUAGAAAUGACUUUUUCGCGAACUUCUUGUCAUUUAUGUCCAUAGCUUGUGGAGAAAUAGAGUGUCUGAAAUUACAAGUUUGUGAUGCAGAUCUAUAUGGUAUCAGCUAAUUGAACUUUCUAGAAGUUAGCACCAUCAUGGGUUGCAAAAUCCUCUUUGUUGGUUUCAAAUUGUUUGAGAAUCUUGGGUUGUGAGCUAUGCAAUCAAGUGUUGUGGUAGCAGAACCAUGUUUGUUUGCUUGCUUAGUGAAGGUUGAUUGAAAUUUCGAAUAUUUUGAUUUCUGCAUUAGAUAGAGGACAAGAUUGGUCCGAUGAA